AAUCUGAGGAGGUGAAGGAGGCUGCAGACCAAAGAAGAAUUCACCAUUCACAUUUAACCUUUACACUGUAGAAACAGUCAGAUUAUUGACUGGACUCGUUCUCUCAUACUUGCAGUGACUAGUGAAGUCUUUACCUGCACGAUGAGCGUGAGGAAAGUGGAGAAGACGGUUCUGAGUGUGGAGCAGGGAGAAGGAGUCGGCGCUCGGGUUCGCAGGAGCAUCGGUCGGAAGGAGCUGAGGAACUUGGAUCCUUUCCUGAUGUUGGAUGAGUUCAGAGUGAGCAAGCCGGCAGGUUUCCCAGACCAUCCUCACAGGGGAUUUGAGACAGUCACGUAUGUUCUCGAGGGAAUCACAGCCCAUGAAGACUUCUGUGGUCAUUCGGGUCGACUGAAACCUGGAGAUCUGCAGUGGAUGACUGCAGGUCGGGGCGUGGUGCAUGCUGAGAUGCCCGUAUCCGAGGAGCCGGUGGUGGGUUUGCAGCUGUGGGUGAACCUGCCAAGGCGAGAAAAGAUGGUGGAACCGGCGUACCAGGAGCUCAAAGGCUCCGAGAUCCCCAAACCCAGCCAGGGAGGAGUUACAGUAGCUGUGAUAUCUGGAGAAGCUCUGGGAGCAAAGUCGAAGGUCUUCACGAGGACGCCGACCUUGUAUCUGGACUUCAGACUGCAGGCUGGAGCCCAGCAUGUGCAGACAGUCCCUAUAGGAUGGACUGCAUUCAUCUAUACACUGUCAGGAUCCAUUCAUGUCGGCCCGGAUGAGGAGCAGCAGCAGGUAGAGCCUCAUCACACUGUGGUGUUUGGAGAUGGAGACUGUGUCAAGGCUGAAAACAAGGGCUCUGAAGUUUCCCGUUUUGUGCUGAUUGCUGGAGAACCAAUCAACGAGCCGGUGGUACAACAAGGUCCAUUUGUAAUGACCACAGAGGAAGAGAUCAGACAGGCUAUUAAGGACUACCAGACCGGCAGAAAUGGCUUCGAAAGGGCCUUAAACUGGAGAUCCAAGAUCAGAGAUUCUGUCUGAAUGCUAUGUGUUACACUCUUUUGCCUGGUGGAACUUUAGGCUGCUAAAGAAACAAAUUUAUAUAGAUUUUAGUUUUGUAGUAAUUACGUAAAAAUGACAAUUUUUUUUAGUGGGCAUUUUUAUUUUGGGUAUGUGUACUGUAUGUAUAUAAAGGACUUUUAGUACUUUUUGCUUCACGUGGGAGUGGAUGACGUGCCCACUUGUUAGCACAUUGCCUUCUCCUGUGUAAAAUAUAGAUUAAUGAGAAAAUGUGCCUGUGUCUGCUUUCCACUUGUUAAAUUUAGGUUUUAUGACAUUUUCUUCUGCUGUUUGAAAUACCAGAGCUGGUACUGAGGUCUGAAACUGUGCGCAAGUUGCUUGGAACAACUUUACUUUGGUCUAGGCUUGGAAACACCUUGGUUUAGUUAUGAGAAAGGUCAGUGUUAUUGUGGUUGCUAUUGUUACGAUAAACAUGAGGUUAAGGUUAUGGAGCAGUUAGGAUUUAAAGAGAAAGUGGCUGUUAGUUCCAACCAAAAAGCUAAUAGCUUUAUGGUGUGAUAGUUCAGUGAUUUGUUGAUCCGUCCACCCACCCCGACCACCUCAGUACGCUCAUAUUGCAGAUAUUCACUUCUUUUGUUUUUGUAAUAGUCUCUCUGGCCACCAGAGGGCGUCGUUACAACCAAAUCAUUGACUGUAUUGUCUUUCUUUUGUUUCAUAAGUUUCAAGAAGUUGCAAUUUAUAAGUCAGUGUCUGACUCCUCAUAACUACAAGCUAAUCUAAAGAUGAGCAAAGACGUAGAGCAUGAAUGGAGCUGAAUUGGACCAUUCAAAUGUCUUUGGGUCUUGGACUGUCUUGUGAUGACCCCCAUCUAUCACCUCUCAAAGCAGCUGCUCCUUUAAUUACGCACAACUUUAAGCCUUAAUACAGUUUCAAACAAGUCCCUUAUAUCAGAAAUUCACCCCCUACAGUGUUCAUGAAUUUAGAAAUUAAAAAUUGGUUUAUUUCUACUGUAAAGUUGGGCAUUUUAAUAUGGGAGUCUGUGGGGAUUACCUCAUUUUUGGAGCCAACCUCAAGUGGCCAUUUGAGGAACUGCAGCCUUUAGCGCUUGUAAAUUGGCUUCAUUUUUCAGUCUGGGUGGUUGCUGCUUGAACGUCAUGUAGCUGUGGGUGGUAUGAGCUGCUUGCAUAAAUGACCUGUGGAGUCAUGUUUUAUGGGAGGAAAGUCUGUCAUUUUGCACUUGAAUUAGGUAAACACUGUGUAAUGACUCUGCACUUCUUGAAUGAAUGGUUGUGGCUUCAUCAUGCUGCCUUUAGAUGGCUGCAGAUUUUUAUGGUCAUUAUGAUCAUAUCUUUACAAAUUCCAGAGUUAUUUAUUAAGGAAACAAUCACUUAUUAAAAGAAAAUGACUGGGUAUCACGAAUAUGUCAACCAAUUAAUGUCCCAAUUCAGUAACAACCACCUUCUAAUUAGCUAAACAAUAAUAAAAUGAGCUGAUUCAGAAA